AAAUGGUAAUCAGACCCACACUGAAGCCACAAAGUGACACACCAAGAUGCCUUAAUUGGCUGACACACAACAAUCAAUGCAAAGGUCAAUACACAAGAGAAACAAAGCAGCAGAGUGUUAUUGAUUUAUAGAGUGUGUCUCUGGAGAUGUUGUCAUACUGGGUGAUUCUAGCGUUGGUUUUUAGUUGCUGCUGGAGCCGUGGACUAUCAGUGGUGGAAUGCCGCUCUGGACCAAAAAAUAAUACAUUACCAACCGAAUCAGAAGCUGAGAUCACCUCUAACCUCGACUCCCUCCCUGGCCAUGGACCCAGUGAAGCUAAUCUAACUAGUGCUGGCUGGUGUUCAGAGACUCUACUGAGUACUGCCGACCCUUACUUGCAGUUCAACUUUAACGAAGUGUAUGCAGUGUUUACUGGGAUUAUAAGCGGAGUGAAUGAUACAAAUGUGAGCAGUUACAUCACAUCACUACAAGUGGAGGCAGACUCUCAAGGCACUGGAAAAUAUUACUCAAUAACAGAUUCAACACAAACCCAUCCAGGAACUGUCAACACCUUCCUGGUCAAUGCCACGCAUGAGAGACCUAUACUGUUUAGUAUUUCCGGGUUUGGUGCAAAAUCCAUACGUAUACGACCUCUGACCUGGACGAGCAACCCUCCCUGUAUGAGGAUACAGAUAAUGGGAUGCCUGGCAGAUUUAGAGACUGUUGUUGUUCCACAAGAACCCACACAAGCAGUUACUGAGGCUGAGGGAAUAAUGGUUGAAGGAACAGUGCUUGCUAUAGCAUUACCCAUUGCCUUGGUAACAAUACUAGUGGUGGCUGUGAUAGCCAUCAUUAGCGUCACCUGUUGCUACUACUUGAGCCGCAAAAACAGAGGAAUGAAGGCAAUGAACAUGCCUGAAAUGAAUGAGGAUCAAACCAUAAAACAUGUGAAGAAUGACCUGUAUCACACUUCCACGAAUAGGCGUUUUGCUGAUUCCACUAACUCAACUACCUACAUGAUAAGCAGAAGCCCCCAGCCGUACGAAGUAGCCAGGACAGGUAACCAAGCAGAAGAAAACAAUGAAACAGGGACAGCUUCGUAUGAGACGGUUAAUUUGGAAGUAAUGGCUGAGAGAAAUCGAGCACCUACAAAACUUGAAUCCAACAAGACAGAGGAAGGUUACGAAACAGUGGGCUUUGAAACAGAGAGUAAAAACACAGGGAAGGUUACUCUACCAGUGUAUGCAACGGUUACUGUAGAGGACGCCCACGCAGUAGGGGAGGGGGCGGAGACAAACGUUACUUAUUCAAGCGUUCAGAAUUCCCAGGAGAAUGGAUACUUGAACAUGCCACCCAAAACACGUUCCCAACUGCAGGAGGAGCUUGGAAUUACUGAAUCGUACGGACCUGAACGAUUUCAAGUGUAGCUAAAACAUGUAUUAGUAGAAUUGUGUGUUUUUUUUUAUUUUAUAAUCUACGAAGGUGCUGAGUUUGAAAUUAACGAUGCAGACAGC